CAUAGUACUAAUUGAUUAAAAAGAUAACAAACAAAAAUAAACUAUGACUAUAAUCCUCGCCGGAACGGCGUUUCAAUUGUCAGUCUUCAUUCUUCUCCUCACGAUCGAUUUCAUCUCAAAAUGACAUAUCAAUUUGUGGUUUUCUCAUUCAUCUCUGCUCUUUCGUCCUUGAUUCUGAGUUUGUUUGUAAGCGCACUAGUUCGAGGUCGGAGGAACAAGAAGAAGGCGGUAGCUUUUUUCCACCCUUAUACUAACGACGGCGGUGGAGGGGAAAGAGUACUCUGGUGCGCUGUCAAGGCCAUCCAAGAGGACCGCCCGGACGUCGAGUGCGCCGUCUACACCGGGGACCACGAUGCUUCUCCCGACAGCCUUAUGGCCCGAGCCGUCGAUCGUUUCGGUGUGAAGCUGCAUUAUCCGCCUAAGGUGGUGCAUCUGUGUAAGAGGAAAUGGAUUGAAGAAACAACUUAUCCUCGCUUUACUAUGAUAGGUCAAAGCUUGGGCUCGGUGUAUCUUUCAUGGGAAGCUUUGUGCAAGUUUACUCCUAUGUACUAUUUUGAUACUAGUGGCUAUGCUUUUACAUAUCCAGUUGCACGAUUGUUUGGAUGCAAGGUCAUUUGCUACACCCAUUACCCUACAAUCAGUUUAGACAUGUUAUCUCGUGUGCGUGCACACACUUCAUUGUAUAACAAUGAUGCUUUAAUUGCUCGAAGUAUUUGGUUAUCUGAAUGCAAAAUUUUGUAUUACAAGUUCUUUAGUUGGAUGUAUGGCAUGGUUGGUUCAUGUGCUCAUCUUGCAAUGGUGAACUCUUCGUGGACAGCAUCUCAUAUCGAGAAGCUUUGGGGGAUCUCAGACCGUAUUAAGCGAGUUUAUCCACCAUGUGAUACUUCAGGACUUCAGGAGCUUCAACUUGAAAGAUCAAUCAGACCAGCCACAAUUAUAUCUGUUGCUCAAUUUCGUCCAGAGAAGGGGCAUGUCUUACAACUUGAAGCAUUUUCUGCUGUGAUGAAGAAAUUGUAUGCUGAUGAACCAAGGCCAAAGCUCCAGCUUGUUGGUAGCUGCCGAAAUAAGGCAGACGAGGAAAGAGUGCAGAAUUUAAAAAACAAGGCCGUUGAAUUGAAUGUUGAAGAGGAUGUGGAAUUCCAUGUGAACGUAACUUACAAGUCUGCACCUUUUUUUCCAUAUAUAUUUCUGUACAUCUUAAUAAACUUGGCGAGACUCCUUGGAGGUGCAGUUGCUGGAAUUCAUUCUAUGAUAGACGAGCACUUUGGCAUUAGCGUGGUAGAGUACAUGGCAGCCGGAGCCAUUCCAAUUGCCCAUGCUUCUGCUGGUCCCAAGAUGGACAUUGUGCUGGAAGAAGAUGGGAAUCAAACAGGAUUUCUUGCAGAAGAUUUGAGAGAAUAUUCAGAUGCCAUCUUAAAUGUUCUGAGAAUGGAAGAAACUGAGAGAUUGAAGAUGGCAGGAGCAGCAAGGAAACGAGCGAGCAGGUUUUCGGAACAGAGGUUUUAUGAAGAUUUCAAAGAGGCUAUCAGGCCAAUCUUACAAACUCCUUUUGAGUGAUAAGAGUCACAGUAGCUUUGAAUGAAUCACAGGGAAACUCCCUCAUUUUCAAAUUUUACCUCUCAAAAACGACUUUUUAUCAAAUGAAGAUGCUGCUGCCUUGAAUCAAAGCCAGCACUUGGAGAGUAAAAGCCAGCACUUUGAAUCAAAUCCCUUUCAGUGUCCUCUUUAUGGUGAGUUUUUUCUUCUUUCAUUAACGUGUUUUGGGUCCCAUAGCCGCCGUUUAUCUAUGACCUCCAUUGAUGUUUUUUCAAUCCUUUUUGUCUUCUUUCCUUCCAUUAAAAGAUGUAAGAAAAAAGAUGCCAACCAAUCAAUUGCACUCCGCAACUGGGUCUAUCAUUAGAUAGAGUUUUGUCCAUAUUAUGGAUGAAUCUAAGCAUGUGUUGUAAUAUUAGAUAUUAUACCUCUACUCAUAUUAUAUAGAUAAGUUCAGAAAACAACAAAAGGGUAUAGUCACGAGGAGACAUUGAGAAGAACAUCAAAAUAGUUUGAGCCAUGAGAUCCUCAUCCACAGAGAUUGGUGUUUUGAUCAAGAAACCUCCAUUCCUAUAGCUGCUGAUCAUUUGGGCUCAAUACCCUUUGGUGAAGACAGGUCAUUAAAUGUCUUGAGAAGCCACAGGCAAGCGGAGAAGCGUCGAAGAGAUAGGAUCA